AUGUCGACGCAUGAAACCUACGCCAUCUUAGGCUCGACAGGGAAUUGUGGCACUGCCCUCAUCGAGAACCUUUUGAAAAGACCAAAAUCUCGAAUCCAUGCAUAUUGUCGCAACCGCAACAAACUCUUGCGCCUUUUACCUGAAACAAUUGGGAACGGGCGGGUAGAGAUUUUUGAAGGCAGCAUUCAGGAUCACGAACUGUUAGCAUCAUGCAUCCGCGACGUCCGGGCGGUCUUCCUAGUUAUCUCCACUAACGAUAACAUUCCCAAUUGCCGCCUUGCCCGUGAUGCCGCCGAUGCCGUGAUACAGGUCCUGUCGGGUAUGCAGGACGCCGCCAUUAUCAAGCGCAUGCCCAAGAUCAUUCUUCUGUCGUCGGCUACCAUUGAUGAAAACUUUUCUCGGAAUUUAAACUCCUUACUGCAAUUUCUCCUACUCCGCUCGGCUUCUCACGUCUACCAAGACUUGAUAGAAGCUGAGACGCUACUUCGUGCCCAGAAGGACUGGCUCACUUCUGUCUUCAUCAAACCCGGGGCUUUAUCGAUUGAUGUGCAGCGUGGCCAUGCCCUUAGUUUGGUAGAUGAGGAAAGUCCUGUGUCUUAUCUCGACUUGGCUGCCGCUAUGAUCGAGGCGGCGGAUGAAGACCAGGGCUGCUAUGAUAUGAAAAAUGUGAGCGUGAUCAAUACGAAUGGGAAAGCAAAGUUUCCACUUGGAACUCCUGUCUGUCUUGCUGUUGGGCUUUUGAGACAUUAUUUUCCUUUUUUGCAUCCUUAUUUACCGAUGAACAUGGGCCCCCACUGGCCUUCAUGA